AUGAAGCGACCUGCAAAAGGUGGAAAAGAGCGACCUGCUAAGAAGCCUCGAACGCUGCCGCCCAUUGGACAGGUGGCUGAGGACAACUAUCAUGUCUUCAUUUCCCUACAAGAAUCUUCUGAGAGGGUUGGCAAGUUGUUCGAAGACAGACAUAGUGUUGUCUUCAUCCGCGGCGGCGUAGCCACCGGCAAGACAACAUUCGCGGAGCAUUUGGCAGGUCAGUUUCCCGACAAGUACGUCAUGGUGCCCUUCACUAACGCAGGGGAGGAGUCUGCUUGGCAGCUGGGGACUGUGGAAGCCAUCGAGAAGGCGACGAGCCAAACGAUCAACAAGGAUGACCUGGCCUUUCGGAAUGCCCUGAAGCUGGCGGCAAACAAGAACCUGACCUUGGUCUACGACGAGGCUCACACGCUGCAAGCUGCCCUUGACGUUACUGCCCGUUGUGACCAAGCUUUGGGUCUGGUUGAGAACCUGCGGAAGCGCCAACUCUGGCAAGCUGCUGAGUCCGUUGAGCACCUUGGGUUGCGCCUCUCGCCUGCGACCCUUGAGCCCCCUCACCUGCGUGCUGGAUGGGGCCCUGUCUUGGACUUAAUUGCCCUCCUGCCUCGUCUGCCUGGGGGUUUCGCCAUUCGGGCUAAUGCCGCUCGUGUCUUUAUCAAGCCCAUGUGGGAGUGGCCCCUUCCGCUGCUGCAGUCGCCGCCCUGGGAUGUCACACUUCGCAUUCAGCGUGCUUUGCUUUGCAGUUGCUCCACAUGGUGGUGUCGUGCGCGCGUUUUCGCCGAUCAUGUUGAUCUUCAACCUCAGUAUGGCAGUGCGGUUGCGGCCCUCACGCGUGCUGCUGCCCUCCCUUGCACUCCUCAGCUUUUGGCCUGUGUAGAAGUUCAUGCUGCGCAGCUUGGGCUUGAAGUGCAGGAACCCGUUCGCGGCUCUUACACUCUUCGGAUUCCUCAUGGCGACCGUCGCGUCCGCCAGCUCCUGUCGUCCGGGUUUCCUCCCAGAUGGGGCGGUGUCGUGGACGGGGGUACACCGGCCGGUCAGCAUGCGCUGCGCUUGCUUGCCCGCAAUAAGUGCCUCAGUCACGUCAACUUGAGUCGUCAAGACGCUGAAGGCCUUCUUGAUGCUGAUCUCACGCUUCCCUCUGAGAGGGUCUGGCGCGAUUGGGUCGCUUCCCUAUCUCGAGAUCACUGCCUUUUCCUCCGCAUCUUCCGUGGUGGUGCGGUGUCCUCCCCCGCGCGCCGGCAGAGCAUUCCUGGCGCUGACACGUCUUGUCCGUUCUGUGGCGGUGGUUCGCGCGACAACCGCGCUGCACUGCUAAAUCCGGGUGGGUCGUCUUCCGAGCUAGCCCCGAUCGGCGGCAAUCCCCAGCUCGGUCUCUCCGACCGUGAGGCUCUGUUGUGGUGUCGCCGCGGCGCCUACCUGGGGCUUUUUCCCCUGGCUUUUCUUGUCCGUGCAGCAGACCACCCACGGGAUCGAGGAGACGCUUCCACUGCAUCAAAGCAGAAUGUGGCUACACCCGUUGAAAUCAACCAGAAGUUCAUUUGGACACCACCCUUGAGCUGCACGAUCGACCUCAAGGAACAGCUGGAGGCAGCCGAUGUGCGGCUAGAUCAACAGAGCAUCGAGUUCUUUAUGCAAUUUUGCGGUGGACAUCGUGGAAUCUUCAUGGCAGCAAUGCAUUGGGUGAGCCUUCAACAGAAAGAGAAGAAGAAGAAGGAGAUCUGGGGCUUUACGGAGACAGUAAAACUUGUGCGCGAGAGCUAUGCCCAUGGAGAUUGGAACAAGGCUGACGGGAUUCUGAGCCAUGCAAAAAAAAGUCGUGCAAUCCAUGUCAAUGGUCGCUAUCAGUCCUUAGAUGCAAUCCCAGAAGAAUUUAUUCGCCUGCUUUGCAGUGGUUCUUGCAUGAUCAAGGAUGCAACCACCAGAAGAGAUUUGUCCAUUCAUGGCUUUAUUCUGCCGAAGCAUGAAGAAGACCACGAGCUCCUAGAG